AAAUCUAGAGGGAUUAGUUGGAGGGCAAUGGGCUGUGGAGCCCUCAGCAGCUCUCCAAAGGGUCUGUCUCACUGCGUAAAGUUAAGAAGCGCGUUUCCGGGCGCGCGGCUCACUCAUCCCGCAGCCUCUGAGCGCGUCACCUCUGCGGGACACUUGACUACGACAUUUUCAAUAGCUUAGGUCCUUGACACAUGAAAGGAGUGACGUCUGUCGGAUGUGAAGAGUUACUUUAUCAGGCCAUCUGUCCGGAGCGCCAUGAGGGACAUGGCUCAGAUUAAUGGAGUGACUCUUUUACCGUUUGGGGCCAUCUGUGCUGUUUUCUUGUGGGAAUCUGGUGCCAGCUCCAUCAGGACGACGAUUUCAGUGGAUACAUCAAGGAUGGAGUGUCCGGAUAAUAAAAUCUUGACUGUGGAGUAUCCCUGUGUCAGAGCCGGAGGGAAGAACGGCACUUGUUUCAGGAGGAAGUGCUGUGAUGGAUUCAGGUUUGUGAUGGGCCAGUGCAUUCCUGAAAGUGUUGAUGUGUGCGCGGCGUCACCGUGUGAGCAGCAGUGUACUGAUAACUUUGGUCGCGUCGUCUGUACAUGUUACCCUGGUUAUCGCUUCGACAGGGAAAGACACCGUACCCACAAGUCUCCCUACUGCCUGGACAUCAACGAGUGCGAGGCGUAUGGUAAAAGUCAAUGCGACCAUGAAUGUGUGAACACAGUCGGGAGCUUUCAGUGCCGCUGCCACACCGGGUACAUCCUGGCUCCAGACCAGCGCUCCUGCAUCCCAGUGCGGAACCUAAGCUCCUCGGGAAAGUCCGACACCUUGAUGAGCGCUGGUUCCUGCUCGUUCACCUGUCAGGACUUCAUGAACAUGAAAAGCAGCCUGUUUCAGCUCAAGCUGCGGCUUGGAAACACACAGUCACACAACCAGGUGUCUGGUUUGGCUAACAGCAGCGACAAACCGGCUCGAGGGGGGAAAAGCACGGACACCGCCUGUCUGCCUGGAUUACCUGGCCCUCCAGGGGCUCCUGGUCUCCCAGGACAUCCAGGAGAACCAGGAAGCCAUGGCAAGCCUGGGGAGAGGGGUCCGCCUGGUCCAAGGGGUCCGAGGGGAGACAUGGGGCCUAUGGGACCAGAACCAGACCUCAGGCACAUCAAGAGAGGCCGCAGGGGUCCAGUGGGACCACCUGGGGCGCCAGGAAGAGACGGAUUAAAG